CAAAAAACGGUACAGAGCAGCCGGAUUUGGUGACUUCGUCUUUUAACGCUACAACAAAAUUUUUUCUUGUACAUUUCGUGACGGUCCAUAGUCAACGCAAUUUCAAUUGUAAGCCAUCAUCAUUCGCCAACCAAACCGAGUGUAGUACAUAGUUGGCAAAUUUCUCGUAUCCGUUGUGUAUUGUUGUCGGCAUCGUCAUUUGGUCGUAGCGUCAUUUCGUCACUUGAAACGCUGUCGUUUUCGUUUGUGCCCGAAUUUUUUCGUGUUUGUGCAAAUCGCUGUGCGUUUGUAUUCGCAACACCAACACCUGCCUAAGAAAGUAAAACAAGAAACAGACUGCCGUUGCCGGAAACAAACUUCUGUUAAAAAAAAAAGAAAAUUAAGUAAUCGAGUCUCGAUGAAUUGAAAUCGAACACUUGUUAAGGAGCUUGAAAAAAAUAGAAAUAAAAUUAAAAUAAAUUCGCCGCGUUCAAAGACAAAAAGUUUGGAAAAGUAAAUAAACAAACAAAAAUAAGUAAAAAUUCUCUUGGCAGCAAACUUUUGUCAUUUGUCAAUCGUUUAAAGCAAUAAAGCAAAUGAAAGCGGAAAACCAAAAACAAAAACCAAAAUAAGAAUAAGCUGCAGUAAGCAAAAGCGUUUAGCGAAGGCCUUUUGCAGAACAGUAGCUCAAUAACAGCAAAAAACAACAAACGCCCGCGAUAAAUAUAUAACUGCUGCUUUGCCCGUGUUGUAUUUUAACGUCAUUUCUCUGUCAUCCGGCGUGACUUCGCUUAUUAACAUAUACAUAUAUACAAACAGAUGUGCGUGAAUUUUUUUUUGCGCCAACUGCACUCAUUUCAACUGAAAAUCAAUAACGUGCAACGGCGAAAAGUGUGACAUUUAUUAACAAAAAAAUUUAAAAAAAAAUCUUGAAAAUUUGCAAAAAAAUACGAGUUCUCUGCUUAACAAUUACGGAAGAAAGAAAGAUAAAAAUUAAAGUAUACGUGCUAUCAGCUAUAGUUUCCGUGUACUUUUUGCUGUCCGUCUUAUUGUGAUUUCUGCGAUACAACGCGAUAUCGAUUUUGUAUUAGUCACUUUUGCUUUAUUAGCAACAAUUCGACUGUGCAGCGGUAAAAGUGAAGUGAAAUCAGUGUUUAUAAAUAAAUAAUUACAGCAGCAAGUGUUUAAUAAAUCCGUUUUGCAUCGUUGCGUCCCUGCGACGCACGUGCAUCGGCACUUUCUGAUACAAAAAAAAAAGAUACAAUAUAUUGCCCUGUCUCCGCUAAUAACGUGACUCUUACGCUACGAAGGCAUAGCUACCACACAAAAAUCACUAAGCUAGUUUCAAUCUACAACCAAUCCAAUCGCGAGUUUCGCUGCCACAAUUCGCUAAAUCUUUUAUGUGGAAUUUAUUGUCGUUCUGCGUCUACUUAGUUUCUACUCUUCAUUGUUUAUAAACUUUCCUUGCAACAAAUUGGCUCUGCUUACAAUACUAUGCACAUACCACUAUCAGUGUGACAGCUCAACUACGCGCUUGGAAUUCAAUAUUUAACCAGCUGCUGCCAUCACAGUUUUGCCGCCAUCAUUGUCACAGUCGCUGCUGACUCUGUCGCCAUUGUCACGCUGUGCGAAAUUUGUCUUUUGCAGUUAUAAAUUUUUUACUAUCUACAUUUCGUUUACGUGAAAAAGUGUUUGUCCUCUUUGCUGUCACUAAAAAAGUUUCUCCCAUAUCAGUUACAAGCGGCAAAUGUAUGCAGCCAUAGCAUAACUGUCUUCAACAAGCGAAAAAAACAACAACUGCUACUUUAUAUCAAAUUUUUCCUACGGUUACCAUCAAGAACACCGCACGUAUGUGGCAACAAAAUUCGACGCAACAUUCCCAACAACACCACACAAUUCGUAUUUUAGACACAAUAACAGCACGAACAGUUCAAUCGGCAACAUAUUGCAACAACCGGAAUCGAUAAGUGCAAGCAUAAAGGGCACACACACACACACACCCAUACACACAAGUGCACACACCCCCAACCUAACGUUCGUGUCAAAGACAACUAUGUAUUUGACGCACAACAGCAGCAACGAUGAUGGAUGUGACAAUUCAAUAUCAUCAAUAAAGGCGACACGAGUAGUAGCAACAGCGGCGGCAAACACUUGCCCCACGCGUCUACGUACCCAAAUAAUACAACAACAACAACAGCAUCAGCAUCAGCAUAGUUCUAGGGGGAGUAAGCUAAAUAAGCUCAACGGCCGCCAAUGCCACAAUUCAGCUGCGCAGCAACAAAAAAGUGCAGCACAACUUCGAAAAUGGUACGAACGACCACGAAUGGAUACAACAGCGUCCGCAAUAGUGGCAAGUACAAAACGUCUGGCCAACAUUGGGCGCAACACAUUGGCCUCAUUUUUACAAAGUAGCAACUUUUUUACAUAUACGUUAGUUGUUGUAAUAUUUUUAAGCAGCUACAAUGUAGCAACUGUAUGCGCAACCAGCGAUAGCAACAACCAAGCGGCGCCAAUUAGACAUCAAAUUGUAAAUACGAGUAGCAACAGCAGCGGCAGCAGCAGCAGCAGUAGCAACACCGACAGCAACAGUUAUGACCCGACUAGCAGUAAUUAUCGCGAUACACUGAAGCACCGCACAGCGGACGCCUAUAAAUAUGAUAUUAUUAAAAAUACAAACAACAACAACAACAAUAACAACAGCAACAUUAACAGUAUCAAUAAGAAUAACAACCACAACGACACAGCUGUCAACAUCAUACUAAGUGAUUAUAGUGAAGCCUUCGUAAGCGUGAUAGCCGCGGGGCCACUAAGUGAUGCCAACGUCAAUGACAGCAGCGUGGAAAAUAAUGCUUUUGAUUUUCCCACUGGGCGUGGCGGUGACAGCAGCAGCAGCAGCAGCAGUAGCCCUAGUGCUGGCAGUAGUGAUAAAAUGACUAAACCAACAAUCGACAUCCAAGCAAACACAACAGCGGCCGAUGGUGCGCCGUUCGACUUGCAAAAUGAGCUAUUGGAUAGCCUGCGUGGCACGCAUAGCUUGCCACAGCAACCGAUGUAUACGAAUGAUUUUGCGGUGCACAUACCGGCCAGCCGGCAAGUGGCCGACAUAAUUGCCAGUAAAUAUGGAUUCAUCAAUAUGGGACAGAUUGGUUCCCUUAAGGACUACUACGUUUUUCAUCAUCGUCAUGUCGCCAAACGUUCAUUGCAUACGAGUGACGAGCACCAUAGCGCCUUAAAUUCCGAACCGCAGGUCCGAUGGAUGCAACAACAGCACGAAAAGUUACGAAAAAAGCGUGACGGUUCCUACACCACCCUACCCGGCUACAGUCCAUAUGAUGUGAUAAGGCCAGGUGGGGGUUUUGUUAGUGCAUCAGGUCCCCGCCUUGCAUAUCAGCCUACAGCGUCAGCUCGUAUCGGUUCACCUCUGCUGUCGCGCGCUCCACGCAUUCAAUAUCGUGCCGCUACAUCGCAUAACAUAUUUCCCGAUCCUCUAUUCAAGGAACAGUGGUACUUGGUGAGUGAUAAUGGUGGCGCCAAAGAUGGCCUCGAUAUGAAUAUCGGUCCCGCCUGGCAGAAAGGUUACACCGGCAAAGGCGUUGUCGUUUCUAUACUCGACGAUGGCAUACAAACGAAUCAUCCUGACCUUGCUCAAAACUACGAUCCAGAUGCUUCCUUCGAUAUAAACGGCAACGAUUCGGAUCCAACGCCGCAAGAUAAUGGUGACAACAAACAUGGCACCAGGUGUGCAGGUGAAGUGGCUGCGGUGGCCUUUAACAACUACUGCGGUGUGGGCGUCGCUUACAAUGCUAGCAUUGGAGGCGUCCGCAUGUUGGAUGGCAAAGUGAAUGAUGUUGUAGAAGCGCAAGCAUUGAGUUUAAAUCCAUCACACAUUGACAUCUACAGUGCCUCUUGGGGACCCGAGGACGAUGGCUCGACAGUGGAUGGUCCUGGGCCGUUGGCGCGUCGCGCUUUCAUCUAUGGCGUGACAAGCGGGCGACAAGGCAAAGGCUCAAUAUUUGUUUGGGCAUCGGGCAAUGGUGGACGUUAUACAGAUUCAUGCAAUUGUGAUGGCUAUACGAAUUCAAUUUUCACAUUGUCCAUUUCGAGUGCAACACAAGGAGGCUUCAAACCUUGGUACCUAGAGGAAUGCUCCUCCACACUCGCCACCACCUACAGCUCUGGCACGCCCGGCCACGAUAAGAGUGUCGCUACCGUCGACAUGGAUGGCCGCCUACGCCCUGAUCACAUUUGCACCGUCGAACACACCGGUACCUCGGCUUCAGCGCCACUUGCCGCCGGUAUAUGUGCACUUGCUCUGGAAGCAAAUCCCAAUCUUACCUGGCGUGAUAUGCAAUACCUCGUAGUGUACACAUCGCGUCCGGGUCCUUUGGAAAAGGAAAGCGGCUGGAUUUUGAACGGUGUCAAGCGAAAGUACAGCCACAAGUUUGGUUAUGGUCUUAUGGAUGCUGGCGCUAUGGUAAGCUUGGCCGAACAGUGGACCACCGUGCCGCCACAGCACAUUUGCAAGUCGCGCGAAAACAAUGAGGAUCGCAAGAUUGAAGGCACUUACGGAUACACGCUGGCCACUCAUAUGGAUGUGAAUGGCUGUGCUGGCACCAUUAACGAAGUGCGCUAUCUGGAGCAUGUGCAGUGUCGCAUAACGUUGAGGUUUUUCCCACGCGGCAAUCUGCGCAUCUUACUCACUUCGCCCAUGGGUACUACGAGUACGCUAUUGUUCGAGCGACCGCGGGACAUUGUCAAGUCCAACUUUGAUGAUUGGCCUUUCUUGAGCGUGCACUUUUGGGGCGAGAAAGCGGAGGGCCGCUGGACAUUGCAAGUUAUUAAUGGCGGACGACGGCGUGUCAAUCAACCAGGCAUACUAUCCAAGUGGCAGCUCAUUUUCUAUGGCACUGCAGUGCAACCGAUGCGCUUAAAGAGCGAUUUGAUGCAACAGCAGAUGCGCGUUUCGGCGGGCGUUAAUCCCUACACCUAUCCAACUGAGUCGGAUUUGGGUCAGCCCACAAAUGAUGGUGGUUACUAUAAUGCCGAUCAAUUUGCCGGCUAUCUGAAUUAUCAGAAUCUUUUUACCGGUGCCGGUUCGAAUCCUGAACAAGCUGUGGCUACUGUAGACGGUCACAAUAUUCCAACACCACAACGGCAAAAUGUGAUGGCCGACUCGAAUAAUAAGCUUGUGCUGCACGACUGUGAUCCAGAAUGCGAUUCGCAGGGUUGCUAUGGCCGUGGUCCGACUCAGUGUGUGGCCUGCAAGCACUACCGCCUGGACAACACCUGUGUUAGCCGCUGCCCACCGCGCUCCUUCCCCAAUCAAGGUGGUGUAUGCUGGCCCUGCCAUGAAUCUUGUGAAACCUGUGCGGGCGCCGGACAAGACAGUUGUCUCACUUGUGCACCUGCGCAUCUGCAUGUCGUCGAUUUGGCUGUGUGUUUACAAGUUUGCCCAGAUGGCUACUAUGAAAACUAUGACAACAAAACUUGUGUGCCAUGUGAGGCUAAUUGCGCUUCGUGUCAAGAUCGACCCGACUAUUGCACCAGCUGCGAACACCAUUUAGUUAUGCACGAACAUAAAUGCUACUCUGCUUGUCCACUACACACCUAUGAAACUGAAGACUACAAUUGCGCCUCUUGCCAUUCAUCUUGUGACACUUGCAAUGGUUCCGCCGAAUCGCAAUGCAUCACUUGCCGUUCUGGGCGCUUUGCUUUCGAUGGCAAAUGCUUAAACAAUUGCCCGGACGGUUACUAUGCGGACAAGAAGCGCCAGGAAUGUGUUACUUGCCCCACUGGUUGUGCAACAUGUAGCAGCAAUGGCUUUUGCCUCACAUGCCAUGAAAAUUGGACACGCAACAAGAAAGGCAAAUGCAUUAUAUCUGGCAGUGAAAAUUGUGAUGAAUCUGAAUACUAUGACAACAAUCACUGUCACGCCUGCCAUUCCACGUGCGAAACCUGUGAUGGACCCACCGAAUCGCAUUGCCUCUCGUGCCCUCAAAGUCUACUCCUACAAUCGCAACGCUGUGUGAGCAGCUGUGAUGAUGGAUUCUACAUGGAGGCGGGAAUUUGUGCCAAAUGUCUUCACACCUGCACACAAUGCGUGUCACGAAUGAACUGCACUGCCUGCGCCAAAGGAUUGCAGCUGCAAAGUGGCGAAUGUCGCACAACUUGCGCUGAUGGCUACUACAGCGACCGUGGCACCUGCGCCAAGUGUUACCUCAGCUGCCACACCUGCAGCGGUCCGCGGCGCGACCAGUGCGUUCAGUGUCCGACAGAUUGGCAGUUGGCUGGCGGCGAAUGUCAUCCCGAGUGCCCGGAGGGUUUCUACAAGUCCGAGUUUGGCUGUCAGAAGUGUCAUCAUUAUUGCAAAACUUGCAACGGCGCCGGUCCAUUGGCCUGCACAUCCUGUCCGCUGCAUUUCAUGCUUGACGGCGGUCUCUGCAUGGAGUGCCUGGGCUCACAGUACUAUGACUCACCCACGCAAACAUGUAAAACGUGUCAUGACUCGUGUCGUUCCUGCUCCGGCCCUGGCCAGUAUUCAUGCAAAACUUGCGCGUUCCCUCUGCAUUUGGAUCGUUUGAAUAAUCAGUGUGUGCCCUGCUGUCCCACCGAUGCGGCACCGGAGGAUCAGUCAUGCUGUCAUUGUGAUAAGGAUACUGGAGGUUGCAUCAAUGCUUCACCUGCGGGCAAACGUCGCAUUGCGGCCGCCGCUGAGCAGCAGCAGUUUGGUAGCGCGUACAGUGGCGGACUGUAUGGUGGUCUGUUGGACGAGGAUACCGCGGGUGGCAGCGGUGGCGCCUUUGGUGGUUUCUUUUCACGUGUCGGUUCACCGCUGACGACAAUUACUGCCAUUGCGGUGGCCGCAUGUCUGUUGGUUGUCACCGUGUUUGCGCUCAUCUUUGCUGUGUUGCAGCGCACCAGCAAUCGCUCCGUACGCGAUACAGCACGCUACAACAAAAUACCAAGCAAGUCCAAAAACUCCAGAGGAGGCGGUGGAGGUGGACGCCGCAACGCAGCAGCAGCUAAACUACUAAAAACAGAUGCCGAAUCUAAUUUGCCUGAUAGCGCAGCUUAUGAUGAGGAUGACGAUGACGACGACGAAGAGGUCGAUGAUAUUUAUGAUUAUCACGAUGAUUGCGAAGAGAUGAGUGUGGGGACGCCGUUGGAUGAAGACGAAUAUGGUAAUGAACGGCGUAUGCCCACGGUAGACUUCAGGAAUACGGCAACCACAGCAACAACAGCAGCACAAGUAAUGCCCGCGAUGAAGGAUACAGCUACAAAGGACACAGCAACGCCGGCAAUUCUGGGUGAUAUCGAUGACAUCGAAUACUAUUGCCGUGGCACAAAAGCCGCACUGCAGCCACCACAGCAGCAGCAGCAGCAGCAAUCGCGACAUCAGUCAUUAACAAAUGGCAUUGGCGGCGCGUUUGAUGCCAAAGUGCCCGCAACUACGGCGACAGUAAAUGCAAAUAGCGUUAAGGAAAUGACUGAGCUGCAGCAAAUUGUGCGACUCGCACGUAAAUCGAGCAGUAAUAGCAGUAGCCUCAACCGAAAUGUGCCACCACGGCUGCCAUUUUUGAAAGGAACCGAAAAGCAAGAGCAACAACAGGCGCAGCCUCAACAGCAGCAGCGACAACAACAACAACAACGCACAGCGUCAAUUGAUAAAUUGAAUACCACGACAGGCGACCGUGUGCUAAGCGCCAACGAAAGAACAUAGAAGGACAUCACGCUUGAUGUGCGAUGCACCGAUGAUGCGAGGUAAUGCGAGGUGAUGCGAACAAGCAAGUAACAAAUUGCGUUUGUGAUUUUGUAUAAAGCGAAAUAAGAAAAAAAGAAACGUUGUAAAAAUUAGUAGCUAAAAGCUUUUUAUUAGUAAAAUGAUUUAUAAAAACGAACUAAAAUCGAGAUGUGUAAGCGAAUGCAGGAGACUAUACUAAACUAUACUAAAAAUGAAAUGAGAAUAAUUUGAGGGAAACCUGCAUAUAUAUGCAUAUACAUUCUCGUACAUACAUACAUACAUGCAUAAUAGUCUGCGCGCUGCGACGUGCAAGUGUAUGCAAAUUAGAAAAAGUAAGAAUGUUAGAGCGUAAAUUAUAAUUAUGGUAACGUGUUCGAAAAUGCAGUGGAAAAGAGAAGAAAUCUGCAAAACAUCACGAAAACGUCAAAAUGCAAAGGAAAAAAAAUCAAUAUGCCAAGCGUGCGCUGAAAAUGAGCGGUUUGCGUUUUUGCUUUCGUUAAAAAUAAACCAACCCAAGGGAUGUUUGGUUUUUAUUUUUUGCAACAACCCAGCAUUGUACGAACUUUGGCGUCUAUGAGAGCAAACAACAUAUCGCAUACGUUCUUUACAAGUAUCUUAACCCAAAAAUACCAGUUUGUCAGAAAACGCAAAAACCACUUACUCUGCUCGACCACAAAAUCCAUUUUUCGUUGCUUGAAUUUUUUUUUCAAAAUAUAUGUAUAUUUAAAAGAAAGCAAAAACUAAUCUGCUACUUGCAUAUCGAUGUCUGAGUGGAAGAUCGACCUAUCUCGGCAACAACGCCCAAUUUCAGAAUUUGGUUGAAGAACUCCCUAUUUUGGAACUUGAUUGAAAAAAACGCUCUAUCUCAGAAUGCGGUUCAAAAAAGCCGUACCUCAGCACAUUUUCAGUGUAUUUUUGUUUGAGGUACGACGUUUUUGAACCGAAUUCUGAGAUAGGGUGUUCCUUAACAAAAUUCUGUGUUAGGGUGUUUCUCAAUAAAAGUCUGAAAUAGGGCGUUGUUGAAAAAUUUUUUGAGCUAGGCGUAUGAGCGUUUUCGAACUGGUUGCCAAGAUAGGUCGAUCUUCCACUCGAUCAUCGAUAUGUAUGCACUAUAUGAAUGCAAAAGUAAGCAAUACUAAAAUUAACAUCAUUCUUUCUUGCGUUAAAAUGCCACGGUCUGCAAAAAAAACUUUUCGUUGAUGCAUUUUGAGCGGACGUUUGGUAUAUUUCGAUACUAAAUAUGUACAGUUUACAUUAGUUUUAUUUGCAUUGAAAAUGACUAUGAAUGAACACAGCUCUUAUUUAUUUUUUUUAUUUUUUCUUUGCACUCUUCUACGAUAUGUCCAUAACAAUGUAUACCUUAGAGUAAACUUAUCUAUCGAAUCUCCACAUUGAUUGAAAUACUUCUAAAUCUCUAAAAAAUAUAUAAACACAUAGCGCACAGCUUGUACGCAAAAGUUUACGGUCAGCAUUAAACAAUAAUUCGUUUCGAUUUUUCAAACAACAAUUCACUGCUUUCAAUUUGUGUAAUUUUAUUUUAUGUAAAUGAGUAUUUUAGUAAGCUAUUUUGUAAAGAAUAAAUUCUAUUUUUAAGCUAAUUUACUCCAAAGCGGUUUAUGUCUGUAUUUAAUUUGUCUAUUUUAUCAGAUUUAAUUUUUUAUUUUUAAGACGAUAAAAAAAUCAAAAUAUCCUUUACAAAUGUUCGCUACAACGCGACAUCUUUAUUGGGCAUUGAAGUGACAAUUCAUGUCGUUACAUUAAAAUUUAUUAAGAGUCGUUAAGUAAGUCUGUUUCCACAUGACAUUUUUUAAAUGGCAUACAGUUUGUCAUUUUAAUGCCCUACUGGAAUUUCAGCAAAAUUUAUAUAUGUAUUUAUAUUUACUACUCUCUACUUGUUUACGUGCAUAACAACAUACGUACAUACAUAUAUAUUUAAUAAAAGUUAAAAAUUGUAUUUUCAAGUA